CAUGUGGAUGGCUCGUAUCUUCCCCACAGCAUACAUCCCGCGCCAUUCAACCGGCCGAACUAAUUCCCCAGGCCAUGAUUGUUCUUUAUGUGGAGUCUAUCCGUAAUCUGUGACAAACGGGGCGCUACUUCCCGUGAACGGGAACAUCCAUCGUACUCAAGCGAUGUCAUACAUAAGGUUCACGGGUGGGAUGGAACCUGGUCCCACCAUCUACCUCGGACUCUACAGCUCCUGAAAUCUGCCGAGUCGCAUGCCUCAGUAUGAUUACCACUCCCGUUGAUGGCAGCGCGGAUGGCUCCGAUUUCUUUCACUCAGGGCACUCCGAGGUCCGGCACGCUGUUUCCCUCCGGCGGCACCUUUCUAUCCACUUCCCCGACCGACCGUUUUCGUUGAAGGUUUGGAGAGCAUGCUCUCUCUAGCAGAGACAGGCAGGAGAGCGGGAGAAUCUUGCGCCAUCGAUGGAACAUUCCCAAAGUGCUCCGCCGCACUGGAUAUGCUGUCGAGUUGCUUUCGAGCUCAACAUAGCCUGAUCUACCCUGGGCGUUCAAGUUGUCCUGAUGGCGAGGUAUCCCACUUCCACCUGCCACCUGAUCCCGUGCCCCAUUCACGCUGCUGUGAAUGCUGUAGUUCGUCCUGCGCUAUUUAAAUUGCUCUGCCGAAGACUCUAUUUUUCACCCCACCCAAGGACUUCACUUUG